CAGGCCUAGUCUUGAGAGGACAUCCCAAGCUUUGCCAGCAGUCUACAGACAGAGACUCCAUCUAUUCAACAAGCAAUUUCAGAGUAAGCAGUGUCAGAAAACAUGGAUGCUACUUGAAGUUCUGGAAAACACUGAAUGCUUCCUGGGGGAUCACAAGCAGGGCAGCUCAUCACGGGGACUCCUGGUUUGUAAACACCAAGUGACUGAAGCUCAACUCCAGGCCUCACUGACAGGCUGCUGUCUGAGGCACCACUCCGUGGUGAAGCUUCCUAAAGGAUUGCCCCUUCUUCUCUCUGCUGACCAGUGACAGGAGGGAAUGGCCUGGAGCUGUGCCAGGGGAAGUGUAGGUUAGAUAUUAGAAAAAGGUUCUUCACCCAGAGGAUGGAGGGACACUGGAACAGGCUCUCCAGGGAAGCGGUCACAGCACGAAGAAGCGUUUGGACAACGCUCUCAGGCACAAGGCGUGAUUAUUGAAAAUGACCUGCUCAGGGCCAGGAGCUGGACUUUGAUGAUGUUUGCGAGUCCCUACCAACUCAGAAUAUUUUGUGAUUCUGUGAUUCUUCCAGCCGGCCUGAGGAGGAGCCUGUGCGCCCGCUCCAUGGGGAAAACAAGAGCCGUUGAGUCCGGCGGGCCGGCAGCACGGAGCCCGCCGGCCGCGGGAGGCUCGGAGGCGCAGCGCCGCCGCGCUAGGAAGCGGAAGGGCCGGCGGGGCCGGGAGCGGGUCGGGAACCGCCGGAACCCCGAGGGCCGUCCGCCUCGUAGCCGAGCCGGAGCGGCGGCGGGCCGGGGCUAUGCUGCUGCGCCUGGUGCCCGAGUUCGAGCUGCGGAGGGACGUGCUGCCCUGGCUGGCGGAGCGGGGCUGCGCCGCGGCUCUAGACACUUCUGAGAAUUCAUCAGCACUCUACGUUGUAAAUGUUGAAAGAAAUGGAAAAAUUAUUUAUACCUGGAAGGGAAACCAGAGAAACACUCACAUUGGAUUGUAUGAUCUUCAAACGAAACAAAACGAGCAUCUUUAUAUGUUUGAGAAGAAUCUGCACAUAAUCAGCUGUUCAAUCAACAAUGAAAGGACCUUAUUGGCAGUCAGCUUCUGUCAAUAUACAGAGGAAGAAAGAGCAAGUCAGCUCUUACAGUCAGUGUCCAAGUAUUUAACCUUGCUAAUCGAAAUUCAUCCCAUUAAUAAUGUGAGAGUCCUAAAGGCUGUGGAUAGCUGUGUUCGAGUGCAGUUUCUUUAUCCAGUUGAAGGCAGAAAUGCUUCUAGAGAAAGUCGUCUCUUGCUAGUUUCAGAAGAUAAAUAUGUUGAACAAUUUGACAUUCAUGUUGUUGCAGAAGAAGACCACAAAGUGGUGAUUCAAAAGUCAGGUCAGCUUCCAAGAGCCAAAGUUGUAGAUGACCUCGUUUGGGCACAGUGGGAUAUGAUGGAGCAAAGACUCUUCUACAUUGUUCCAAAGGAAUCAAAGAGUACUUUAAGGUGUGUCCAGUUUUAUCCUGAGGAAAAUUUUAACUCAAUACUGGAAUCACACCUGGAUCUUGCUGUAAAUGACACACAAUUAAAACUUGUGAAUUUUGGAUAUGAUUACUGUCAAGAUCAAGAUGUUGCAUCUAAAUCUUUGAACCUUCAGGUUUUCACAAGUAAAGCAGGAGGCUUGUGUCUAUGUUGUAGUCUAGUCUCUGAUAUUCCUCAUGAGAUCAUAUACUCCAUAUAUUUUUUACAUAAAGGUUACAACAAAACUUUUACAGUUUCUCUAGAAAGAGCAGAAUCUCAUCAAUUGAAGGAAGUGGCUUUUAUGAAUCUUGACUAUUAUGUGGCUGCUUAUUUGCCUGGCCAGUUCCUGCACCUCCUGAACAUUCAACAUCCUGACAUGCUGUGCUAUAGUUUGUUUCUGACAGGUGAGGAUGCAAGAAUUGACACGUUACAAAACUCUUCCAUCCGGUCCCCAUGGGUGUCAACAGCCCUGGAUUGCAGUGCAGGAAGUCUGUACAAUGUGAGCAUCAGUGACAGUGCCUUGCUGCAGUUCCUACAGAAGAGCAAACGAGACUGUGAGAGAUUGGCAGCUCUGCAUUGUGCCCUGCUCUACUUCCAACACACAGAAGACUUGGAAAUGCAGAUUAUUCGGUGGAUUUCUGAGAACCUGUCAACAUGUCAUUCUUUUGACCCCAUUCAAGAAUUUAUCAUUGCCUCCCUGUACUGCAGAAUGUGUCCAGAAACUCAGAACCUGGAUAAACUCCUGCCCUACACAUCACUGCAUGACUGGACUGGGGUUGUCCCUGGAGUAAUGUGUGCCACAGACAUUAUUUCUCUACCUGUGUUAGAGUUCCAAAACUCCAAAGGCUUCUGGGAGAAACUCAACUCAAACUUGGAGAGUGUGAAGUAUGCAGAGCCACACUUGCACUACCACAGUCAGGUACUCAGGAGGGAAUGGUGUAACCUUUCAGAAGAGAGAGAGGAGAGAAGAACCACAGCAUAUUUGAGGAAUAUUUUUGAAAAUGCCAAAAAGGUGCUUUCUCAUCUGGACACUUGGGACUCUGAGACAAGGCUGGUACCUCUCUUUGAAGAGGAGGAUUAUCAGCAGCAGUUGCUCAUGGGACUGAUGGUUGCUCAGCUGAAGGAUCACCUUAUGAGACAUCUACAAUAUGUUGGAAAAAAGAAGAUUGACCAAAUAGUUUUGGAUUAUGUUGCAAACCUGGUUUCAGAGUUCUUCAGGGGAAUGAACUGGUUUGAGUCUUCCUGCAGUUCUUCUGUAGCAUCAGCACUGAAUCUGGUGCAUCGAAUAAUGAAAGAAGUUUGGAGGACAUACCAGCUUCAUUCCUGUAUCUUCUGCUUUGAUGAGAGAGGAAGUGCAGCAGAGUUUGCCGUGUUCCACAUCAUGAGUCGGAUUCUGGAAGCAGCAAAUGGCAUGUGCAUGCCUUUGCCUCCUGGUUUUCACACUCUGCACCUGGGUCUUGGUGUUCGAUGUCUCCCUCUACACACCCUUCUGCACUACAUUGACAAUGGCAUCUUGCAAUUGACAGAAACGUGUGUCAGGAAAUUGCUGAAAGAUCUGGAUGACACUGAACAGAAUGAAAAGCUGAAGUUUAGUAUUGUCAUGAGGCUUCCAGAGGCUCUUGGUCAAAAGGUCCGCCAGUACUGGAAUCAUCCGAGAAAUGCAAAUUUAAUAGCACGGAAAUAUGUGAAACUUUUGCUUGAGAAGCUGGGAAACAGGCAGUGCAGCAGGCCUGUCCCUGAGAGACUCUCCUUCCCCGUGGAGUUUUUGCCACUGAACUACCUGACUAAUUUGCUGGCAGAGCUAGAGAAUCAAGGUGUGCAUCCAUAUGAAAAACAAGACCAUGUAAAUGCAAGAUUUGUAGAGGAAACAGCACUCAAGCACACUAUGACACUUCUGGGCCUCAAAUACUCCUGAAAGAACGUGCUGUUGAAGAAGGCUGUCAAACUGUGGUGCCUCUGUAAAAGUAUUUAUUUAAAUACAAUGUUGUUUCCCAGAUAACCUGCAGUUUUGGUUAGUCACCAGUACUGAGAUGAGCUACUAAAACAGUGUUUGGUCCAACAAACUGAGGUUGAAAUGACUGACUUUUAGAUAAAUCCUAGAGAAAUGAAUUGGACAUAACCCUAGGUCUGAAAUAUAUCUGUGGGUUCAUUUUGAAGUGGUCAAGGAAGUGGAACAACAGUGUCAAAACAUGCUGUGAAAAUUGGUAUAAAUGUCACUUCUUUUAACAAGACAAUGCUGGAAAAGGCAGUCCAGUUGCAGUGUUACAAGAGCUAGUAACUUUUUACUUGGAUUAAUAAAAGGAUUUCUUGGUGUGAUUGUGUAAAGCAGGUAAGAAUAACAGAUAAAUUUUUAUGUCAGGCAUGAGUAAAGAGAUAGUAAUUCCUUGUGGUGGUAUCAGUUAUCUUAUGGUACUUCUACUUCUGGAGUGGCAGAUUCUAAUAUUUUCAGUUUUGUAAUUAGCACAAAGUAUAAUCUCCUUAAAGUGCAUGUGACAGAUUUUGUUGAGGGUUUGUUUGUUUGUUUGAGGGUUUUUUUUUUGUUGUUUUUUAAAGAAAUGUAUAAUAUUUUGUAAGUAAUAUAGGAUAAGAAAAAAGCUUUAGAAAUUGAUCUUAACAGUGGCUUGGACAGAGUUUUACAUAAUCUUUUCUUACAACUUCUAGUGUUACAGUUCAAACUUCAGCUUCAGAAAGAAAUUAGGCAGGCUGUUUUUCCUUUGUUUUCAACUUCUGUUUGUAUGUAACUGAGCCAAUAUUGUUUGCUCUUCUGUUUUAAGUUCUGAACUGUGACAGUAAUUCCAAAUAGGAAUAGCAAUAUGCUACACAGAGAAAAUUGUCAAGUUGUGCCAUGCAGGAUUUCUGCUGCCUUUAUUGGAUUCUAAAAAAACUCUGCAAAAUUCCAGACUAUUAAACUAGAGAAACUCAUUAAUAUUUUAUAUAUUUGGGAGGUUAUCAAAACAACCUCUGAUAUUCUCUCUGAGUGGUCUCCAUUGAUGCUCCCUGUUCCUUACCAGUGAAAUAAAAAGAUCAAGUUCCUGGUCA